UCUCCCCCCAUUGCCGCUUUUCGAUUUGCAUAUAUCUUCUGCUACUCCCGCCGUCAGCUUACACCUUUCUCCAGCUUACGCCAAUUCCCGACAAAGCGUUGUAUCCACAACUCCCCUCUUAAGGGACGAAUCUACUUGACGAAACCUCUCCUCGCUGAACUAGCGACAGGUCACUUGCCAAGAACUAAACACUCAAUUCCUGUGUGUUUUGUAUCUUUAACAGCGUUUAGCUAUAAAAUCUCGUUUAGGCCGUCGUCUAACUUUAAUCCCACGUUUUAAAAAAAUUGGGUCGCUAAAAAGCAGAGCUCGACUCGUGUAAUUUUAUUCGACAAGGUACUCUGUUUACUUUCUGUGUUUCUCGUGUUUCUCGUUUAAAAAAGAAUUAGAUAAUUGGUCGUGUUUCUGUUAUUUGUUUCUUGUUGCCUCCGGUAACAUUUUCUCGUUUCUUUUCUCUCUCUCUCUCUCUCUCUCUCGCUCUUUCGUCCCCUUAAAUCCAAGUUUUGAAGCUUGCGACUUUUUAAUUCGCUUCUUAUUGUUUCUCUGGCACCCUUUUUGCUGGAUAAAAGCUACAGUCGAUUUUACUCGCUGUGUUUUUGCCUCCCUAAUUAUAGAAGGCCUGGAAUACUAUAGACAUAGCAUCUUAGUUGGUGUGUCCGCCUGUCUAUGCGCGAUCGAUCUCAGCCAUCAUUGUGUUCCGUCACCUUUUCUACAAGCUAUUUCUCUGCUUUCAGUACUCUUGGAUCAAAAUACCGCACAAAUGAUGAGUGUUAAAAAACCACAGUUUUCACUUACCGUCGAUGACGACGACAGUGACCGAAAUUCUCCCGUGCCUUCUCUUAACCAGACGUUCGAGAAAAUGCACAUGUCCCAUGGCAGUCUGACAUCGGGCGCAAGCACACCAACUUCGCCGCAUGGUUCGUCAGGCGCCGAGGAUGAAGAACAGCCCACUGGUCCUUAUCCUCGGGUACAGUCGCCGAUUCGCGAGGACAAUCACAUCGAUCCUUCGCUUAUUGAACACCGCGUCCGUGCUUCUGGUGCGAAGAACUUCGAGAUGAUUUCCUUGCCGCCGUCGCGAAUUCCCUCUCACGACGACGACGAGCUGCAUCAUAUCGAAGACGUGUUUACUCCUCACAAGACAACUGGUUCACCCAAAACUCCUCGUGCUUCUGCUUCUUUUCAUAUUCAACCGCCGCACCACCUGAGCAACCUCAGUCAGUCGUCCGUCGCCUCGUCUUCUCCUGCGAGCAGCAUUGAUGGGGAAGGUGCCCAUGAGCAUACUCGGCGUCCAACAUAUUCCCGCAGUACUUCUGGUUAUCUUUCCUCCGAGUCACUGAACGGUGAUCCAGCCAAUCCCUACAGCCGUACGCGCCGUACACCACAAGCACAGAGCCUGUCAGACAUCCCAGCUCAGUUUAUUUUCAAAAAAACAAACCAUGCCCAUAAAGGUAAACAUGGUUCUUUCACUUCCCUUCGGUCAUUGUUGCCCAAGGAGCACAACAAACACGAUAAACACGACAAGCACGACAAGCAUGAGAAGCAUGAGAAGCACGAUCAUCACGGCAGCUCUCUCGACCUGAAACGUUUCUUCAAGUCUCACCAGAAGAGUGAGAAGAAGGAUUUGUCGAAGUCCAAGUCGUAUGCCAAUCUGCGUGAAGACCAACACAACACGCUGCAGCGUAAAUAUGGCAAGUUUGGCAAAAUUUUGGGCACAGGUGCAGGCGGUUCCGUACGCAUCAUGAAGCGUUCGGCCGAUGGCAAAGUUUUUGCCGUCAAGGAAUUCCGUGCACGUCGUCCAUCGGAAAGUGAGCGUGAGUAUGCCAGAAAGGUUACCGCCGAGUUCUGUAUCGGUAGUGCUCUUCACCACACGAACAUCAUUGAAACCCUCGACAUAAUUGAAGAGGGCAAAAAAUUUUACGAAGUCAUGGAAUAUGCUCCAUACGAUAUGUUCUCUAUCGUUAUGAGCGGAAAGAUGAGUUCAAUGGAAGUUUACUGCUGCUUCCGACAGCUCUUAGCGGGCGUUGCAUAUCUGCACUCUAUGGGUCUUGCUCAUCGUGAUCUCAAGCUAGACAAUCUUGUUAUGGAUGAUCACUGGUUCGUGAAAAUUAUUGACUUUGGCAGCGCUGCGGUCUUUAAAUAUCCUUUUGAGGCCGAUAUUGUUGAAGCUUCAGGCGUUGUGGGUUCUGAUCCGUACCUCGCUCCAGAGACGCUUGUGCGUAAGACAUACGAUCCCCGCGCAGUUGACAUUUGGUCUUGUGCAAUCAUCUUUUGUUGCUUUGCUCUUCGUCGUUUCCCGUGGAAGAUUCCCAAAAUGACAGAUCCAUCGUUCCGCCUCUUCUGUGCGAAGUCACCCGCUGAUGCUCAUUAUUUAGAAGACUUGGCUCAGGAGAGUAAGACGCAACAUGUCAUCGAACAUGGAUCCGCCAUUCCUUCUACUUCAAGUAGCUCGCCUGUGCGAGCACAACAGCAUCCUCAGAACUCCCCUUCCACUCCACAUGUUUCUGCAAACAGCACCGAACAUCAUGCGAAGAAAGAAGUAUUUGGACCUUGGCGCCUGCUACGCCUGUUGCCUCGUGAGUCGCGGCCUGUUGUCUCACACAUGUUGGAUCUGAAUCCCAAGUCACGUUAUGGUAUUCAUCAGACCUUGGCGGAUCCCUUCAUCAGCCAAAUUCAAUGGUGCCAUAUGGAAAACCACAAGGUGUUGCACCCCCCGAACCAUAAGCAUACGCUAGUGGAACCGGAUUCCAUCCUCAAUACCAUUCACAAGCCUCCAAAGUAAAUGAGCGUAUAUGCUCAUUCAAAUAAUGCUUCCUCUUCCCCACCCGUCUUCUCAUAACCUCUGCUAUCCCCUUUUUUAUAUCGUUUUUACUGCGCUUGUUCGCAGCCGGCUCGAUAACUGUCAGAACAUGUCUUGCACAAUUUGCAGUGGGCGUACUUGUUGCGCAUUCCAUCUGUUCACAAGUUUGGUGCAUGUCCAACCACGGUGUACUGCAACGACAUUUUUCCUAUAUUUAUGAAGAUGAAGCCGACUGCCUCCUGUCCACUCUCGUCCGCUCUUGCCCCCUUCUGUUUCACCAUCACUUAUACUACAGUUUCCCCCACCUCCGACUUUGACCCACCCUAUCGUCCGUUUGUGUUCCACCUUGUUAUACGAAAUAAAAGAUACUGUUGAUGUUAAUUUAGAAAUAUGUUACCGAAGGAGCGAGUAAACCCCUAAA